AUGUUCAGGCGUAUACGAUUCCUAUUCUUUUCCAAGGUUUCGGACCCACAAAUACCUCACGUACCCGCUGCUUUUACUACGCCCGUCUUCCCACGUUGUCUCAAAUUCCUUCCUUCCUCAGUCACUGCCAUGGCUCCCGUUGAGAUCCCGGGAGUCAACGUUCCUUUGCUUAAAAGGACGGGGCCCCUGGCCUUGGGUUACAUGUGGGACUACGGCCUCUACGGAAUCCUCCUGGUCCAGAUGUAUAUCUACCACAUAACCUUCCGGAAGGACAAGAUCGGCUUCAAGAUUUUUGGUGCGCCUAUUCAUAUCACUCCAAUACACCCACCCAAACAGACACAAGUAUGGUCAUUACUUCUUCUGGAGACGGUCUUCACCAUUUUCACAACUAUCGCCGCCUGGCAUAAUUUUGGAACUGGCUGGGGAGACCCUGACACUCUCACGACAAUCGAUGUCUCAUGGGAACCCCUCCCUGCAUUGAACGGUUUCAUUGCCGCAAUGGUUCAGAGCUUCUACGUCUACCGAAUAUGGACGUUAACGAAAAAAUUAUGGCUUGCACUCGCCAUUGAAGCGGUUGCUCUUAUGCAGUGUAUAUUGGCCUUCUAUUACGGGAUAGUUGUCUCUUUAAGAGGGCGAGGGAUCAACGAGUUGUUUGCGCUGGCACCCAGCAUUAACGCGUGCUUAUCUGGCAGUGCUGCGUGCAACGUUCUGAUCACAGCUUCUAUUGUCACCAUACUUUACAAAUCAGAGACAAAAGUCGUCUUCUCGCAUACAACGAACACUGUUACCCAAAUUAUACGCUACGUAGUGGAAACAGGUCUGGUAACCUCUGUGGUGGCUCUGUGCGAGCUUGUAUUGUGGUUAACGAACCGACAGUACAACUUCCAUUUCAUAGGGUUCCUUAUUCUCGGCAAACUAUAUGCGAACACAGCACUAGGAAUAAUAAAUUCGCGUGCUCUCAUGUUUAGUGGACACCAACAACACCAACAGGACUACGAGCAUCAAAGUACAUUUGUAGCCACGACUCCCCAUAAUACUACGUCAUAUUGGGACGAGUCGGAAUCUAUAGAAAACGAUUUGAGUUCAAUUUACCAACACCAACCUGGCCCAUCAAUACCUCAGCCUGUGCAGGUUUUCAAGACCGUUUCUGUAGGUCAGUCUACAGAUAGUCUUGACACCAAAAAUGCUGUCGUUUCAAAUUUUCCAGAUCACUCUGAGCGGCCAAGUGCUGCUAGCACUAGCGCUGGAACUUUCAUUGAAUGA